GGAAGCACACGGACUCUGACUUCUGUCUGGACGGGCUUUCUAGUGCUGAGAGAACCACCAACUCUCUUAUAAGCUCCAAUGUUGAUGUCGACCCGUAAAGUUCUGGAGGAAACAGACGGCACCGGUUUUCUGACUCGCUGUCGCUCGCUCGUUUUUCACUGCACAGAAAUAAAACUCACAUCCACGCGUUCAGAUGUGAAGAUCCAGCCGACAUUUAAAGAACACCAAGCAUGUUCCAGUUUAUUCAGAACUUUAACUGUCACAACUCUGAACGGGUCGAACAAGUCAGGGCCUCGUAGUGUUGGUGUGGUUUGGAUGAGACGGUCCAGACAGGACCAAGGUGCAAACACACCUGGUGAUAGUGGGUCGAUAGCAGCGGCUGUAAAGGAGAUAAGGUGAACUAAAGCCUCCCUGUCCCAGCAGCAGCCGGGCCAAAGUCCUGCUGCCUGGACUGUGGACCCAGAGAUCCACUGAGCAUCUGAUGGAGGACCGUUCACACUGUCGGCCCGAACUGAGCGUCUUUUAUUUCUGUCAGUCGACCGUCUGAACUCGGAGGUCGUGAUCACAUCCAGGAAACUGCUCGUCGUUUACAUUCAGGACACUCGUGUGGAUCUGUUCUCUCCUGCUAACGACGCUGAGCGGUUCUGAUCCGACUGUUGAUCUGCUGCAACCAUGACUCCUUCAGCCUCCGCUCGACCCUCGUGGACACUCGGGCCGCUUCUCGCCGCCGUGCUGCUGCUGCUGAUGACGUCACUUCCUGUGUCGGCCGUGGAACCGGAGACGUGUUUCUCCAGACAGCACCAGAAUGUUAUCGUCAAUGUCAGGCUGGCUUUAAACAGACAGACCACAGCCAUGGACGCCCGGGUGGUGCGGUCGGAGCGGGACUGCGUCCUCGCCUGCUGCUCAGAGGAAGUCAAACCAGGUGCAAAGUGCAACAUGGCUGUGUUCAACGCCAACAAGCACGCCGGCGAUGAGAACUGCUUCCUGUUCCACUGUCAGACGGAGCAGGACUGUCCUCUGACGAAGGCUCAGGACGGCAUCAACACCUACGACAUCUACAAAGGUUUGAUUCAUCCGACCACCAUCAGACCUGUCGCCAUGACGACCACCACGGGACAAACCACCACCACCACCACCACCACACCGGCCCCAACGACACCGCCCACCACCACCACUACAACCACCACCACACAGAGUACAACAACAACACCAACCACCACAACAACCACCACCUCUGCACCAACCACGACAUCACCCACCACCACCACCACACCGGCUCCCGCCACCACAACAGCUCCUCCACCCAUCAUCAUCAUCGCCACAAUGCCUCCAGUAGCUCCAGAACCUCCCACCACCACCACCACCAGCUCCACCUCUACCUCCACCUCCACAACUACAACAACAGCUGCGACCACUGCAGCCAUGAAAAAGCCAAACAAGACCCCCAGAAAGCAAAAUAAAGCCACCAAGAAAGUACGGCCUCAUCCUGUCACCACCACCACCAUCUCUACCACCACCACCACCGCCUCCACCGCCUCCACCACCUCCACCACCUCCACCACCACCACCGCCUCCACCGCCUCCACCACCUCCACCACCUCCACCACCUCCACCACCCGGCCAGCUCAGAGCUCCACAACAUCGCUUCCUUUUGUAGCGGUCAAAAAAGAGACUGCACCAAGAACUACUGACAAACCACAACCCACCACUGCUACAACCACAACUACAACACCUCCAUCUACUACAACCACCACCACCACCACCACCACUGCUCCAACCGCCACCACCACCACCACCGCUCCUACCACAACCAUCACCACCACCACCACUACUACCAGUCGUCCCCCUACAACCACCACCACCACCACCACUACUACUGCUCCUACAACCACCACCACCACCACCACCGCUGACCCGUCCACCAUGAGGACAACUCCAGCAGCCAGUCUGGUCAUCGUGCCCAAAGACGCCGUCCAGUCCGACCACACCCUCCAGAACUCGAGCAUCGGGCGGGGGAAGGCGGUUGCGGCGCGGGGGGCGUUGAAGAGCGGCGUGGUGGCCUUCAUGGUGCUCGGGCUCGCCGUGCUCACGCUCGCGCUGGCUGUCGGAGGCCGAAAGGCAAUGGAGUCCUUCGACAGACGCCAUUACACGAGACUGGAGCUGAACGACCUGCACUACGAGGUGUGAGGCGGAGGCGUCAGGGCGGAGGCUGUGAGGGACCAUUAGCCACACUGCAGACUCCUUCAUUUAAGAUCGUUAUCGAUCAUUUGAUGAUGUUUUAAUUUGAAAACGGCACAAAGUCACUCAGUAAUGGAACGUGUCCUUCACUUUGUCAGAGAGGAGAACACUCGAUUCUGAUUGGUCGAGGGGGAUUGUAUUAUUUGAAGUAACCACACAGCUCUGUCAGUUUAUAUCGUCCUGCACAUCAACUCUGAGAUCUGAGAGAACGAGACGGGUGGAGGAGAACGAACUCGGACCUGCGGUUCUGAACCACGAGGUCAGAGAGGACCGACUCUUCAUCUGCAUCGGGUUUAACAUUCGUUUGUAAAAUCCUCUUUUUGCUCUUCAGAUACAAACUGCAUGUGUCCACUAGGUGUUGGACCGCAGGCUGAAACAAACAGCUGCUGUGAUGUAGAUGUUACCUGGUGCGCUACGGAAGCCCGGAGAGGCCAGUGAGAGAAAAACAGUCUGCUAAAUUAUAUUACAUGUCUGAUUUAAAUGGUUUUUAUGACUGAAGAACAGCUGGAACAGAUGUUUUACCUGGUGACUCUUUUUACUUUCCUUCAUUCAUUAUUUCACUUGCCUCUCAGGGCGUCUGUAACACGAGGAUCUAAACCGACAGACGUCCGUAAUUAGAUUCAACAAAAACAUAAACAGCAAUUAUAAUAAUAGUUAUGAAAUUAAAUACUUACUUAAAGGAG